UAGUGAUCAAUAAUUCAAAUGAUUGGCAGGUAUCAUCCAGACAAGAAUGCUUGCAAUCCUGAGGCUUCAGAACUGUUCAAGGAGGUUGCAUGUUCAUAUAGCAUUUUAUCAGAUCCAGAGAAAAGGAGGCAAUAUGAUAGUGCAGGAUUUCAGGCCCUUGAUGUCGAAGGAAUGGAUAUGGAGAUUGAUUUAUCCAGCCUUGGAACUGUCAACACGAUGCUUGUGGCUUUAUUCAGCAAGUUGGGUGUGCCCAUUAAGACCACAAUUUCUACUAAUGUUCUCAAAGAGGCUUUGAGUGGAACUGUCAGGGUCAGACCUCUUCCAGUUGGAACUUCAGUCAGUGGAAAGGUAAAUAAUCAUUUGAACAGGAAGAAAGCUUACUUGUUGUCCUGCCUUUUUGGGUUGAAUUAUCUUCGUCAACAGGUAGAAAAGCAAUCUGCUCACUUUUUUGGUGUAAUAAUUAAUGAGGAGCAAGCAGAGGCAGGGAUUGUAGUCAGAGUUACGUCCUCUGUGCAAAGCAAGUUUAAGCUCGUGUACUUCGAACAAGAGGCAAAUGAGGGGUAUGGGCAGGUCUUGCAGGAAGACAGUGAAAAGACAGGCAAAGUCACGUCGGCUGGAAUGUAUUUCUUGCAUUUUCAAUUGUACAAAAUGGAUUCAAUGUUGGCAAUGCCUAAGGACACAAAAGCCACUUUCUUCAAACGAUUGGAAGGCCUUCAACCUUGUGAGGUUUUGCAACUGAAAACUGGUGCUCACAUAUUCGCAGUUUAUGGUGAUAACUUCUUCAAACCUGCUGUCUAUUCAAUUGAGGCUCUCUGUGCAAAGUCAUAUGAGGAUACAACUCAUAAGCUUCGGGGUAUUGAGGCUCAGAUUUGGAGGAAGAGAAAUGAGCUAUGCCAAUUCGAGACAGAAUAUAGAACUGCAUUGUCACGCUACCAAGAAGUAAUUAAUAGAUACGUCCAGGCCAAGCAGUCCGUCGAUGAGCUGCUAAAAAGGCGAGAUAAUAUCCAUUCUUCUUUCACUGUUGCAAGGUCAGUUCCAAAUGCUAGUGGGAGUAAGCCUUUCGGUAAUGGAAGUAGCAGCAUAUCCCGUGGUGAAGAUUUGAAGUCUAAGAGUCUGGUGGAAGAAGGCAGAUCACAUUCAAAGGGCAAAUCUACAAAGAAGAAAUGGUUCGGUCUUAACCUGAAACGAUGAGACAAAAAGUGAGUAGUAGAAAAAUUAUGUGUACUCUCCAGGUUUGAAAUUCAUUCUUGCAUGCGACUACCAGCUUUUGUGUGUGGUGGAUUUGUGUCUAUCGCCUCGUAUUAUGACGAUUAAUGUUCCUCCCAUUUGGGUGUAGUAUUGGCUGUUCCUUACAAUUUGUCAUAGUCUAUACUGCAAAAUGUUGAGCAUAUAAAGGUUUAUGUUAUCAGAAAUCAUUUCUUGUACCAGUUGGAAUAGCUUAUUAGACCAAAUGGAAUUCGAUAAAAGUUCGUUGAGGUUUUGAUGUAAAAGUAAAUUUUUCUCUUUUUGGGCAUUUGUAGCUAAAAUUUUAUUCCACGGAAUUCGAUAAAAGUUCGUUGAGGUUUUGAUGUAAAAGUAAAAUUUUCUC